AACAAAGCGUGAGUGACUGCUGGUGCACUGAGCCGCCACUCUGUCAACUUUAUACAUCACGUCCACGUAUUUUUCACGUCGCAUUUCUAGUGCAUGGAGCCGGCGCAUCCGCACCCACGGCAUUUCUCCACUUUUCAUUUCCGCUAUGAAGCGCGGUCAUGGCAGGGAGUAGCAAGUCAGCGGCAGCGAGGACCCUGGAGGAUUUGACUCUGGACUCGGGUUAUGGUGGAGCCGCGGACUCCUUCAGGUCUUCCAGUGCGUCGCUGUGCUGCUCGGAGGCUCAUGGCGGGAACUGCUGGCAACUGACGGACUCCAUGCACAGCAGAAUCAACAGCCCGGACACGGUCAACACGGUCCUGGUCGAAGACGCCGAGAUCCUGGAGUGCAGCGGGCAGUGCGCUAAACUACCCGAGCUUGAGGAUGCGCCGUGGAGCCUCGGGGACGUGGCGAGAGCCCUGAACCGGGACGGGGACGCGAGCGCGCCGAGCCCGCCUCAGGACGUCCUGCUGCGGCUCUCGGUGCUGGUCAGCCGGGCCCUGGUCAGGGUCGCCAAGGAGGCGCAGCGCUUGAGUUUGCGCUACGCCAAAUGCACCAAAUACGAGAUCCAAAGUGCCGUAAAGAUGGUCCUGUCGUGGGCCGUGUCCGUGAACUGUAUCGGCGCAGCCCUCGGCGCCUUGUCCCUCUACAGCAUGAGCACGGAGCCCGACAAGUUCGGCCGCGGCAAGUCGCUGCGCUGCGGUCUCGUCUUCAACGUGGGCAAAUUCUUCAGGUGGAUGGUGGACGGCAGGAUCGCGGCGAGGGUCCACGAACACGCCGCUAUCUACCUCGCCGCCUGCAUGGAGAGCCUGUUCCGAGAGAUACACGCACGGUUGCUCCGCAGUGCGCUGCUGGAGAGGGACAACGGCAUCCCCAAGUUGAGCGUGGAGAGCCUGGAGCAGGCCGUGGGCAGUGACGCCGAGCUGUGGGGGUCACUGCAGCCCUUGCAACACCUCAUCUGUGGGAAGAAUGCAAGCGGUGUGCUCAGUUUACCGGAGGGUUUGACUCUGCAGCAGCGAGCGGGAAAGAGUGGCGAGGGGAACGCCUACAGCCAGUCUGAACUGCGCUCCAUUGAACAGUGCUUACUGGCCACGCGAGUGGGCAGCAUCUCUGAACUCAGUGACAUGGUGUCGAGGGCAAUGCACUACCUGCAGCCUCUGUACACCAAGAACCACAACAACGGGACACCCGUCCACCAGAAGAACACAGCGAUACACUGGGCCCCGGAGGCCAUCUACACACUGUGUUACUUCAUGCACUGCCCCCAGAUGGAGUGGGAGAACCCAAAUGUGGAGCCAUCGAAAGUUACCUUACAAACGGAGAGGCCGUUCAUGGUGCUGCCACCUCUGAUGGAGUGGGUGCGUGUGUCGGUUGUUCACACAGAGCACAGGCGAAGCUUCUCUGUGGACAGCGACGAUGUUCGGCAGGCUGCCAGGCUGCUGCUGCCUGGAGUGGACUGCGAGCCCCGCCAGCUCCGAACGGAUGACUGCUUCUGCGCCUCGAGGAAACUGGAUGCUGCCUCCACUGAGGCAAAGUUCCUGCAGAACUUGGGCUUCCAUAUGCUCAGCUGUGGACGCACAGACCUGGUGAAGCAGGCUGUCAACCUGCUGGGACCGGAUGGUAUCAACAGCAUGAGUGAGCAGGGAAUGACCCCACUCAUGUACGCUUGUGUCCGUGGAGACGAGGCCAUGGUGCAGAUGCUGCUGGAUGCUGGAGCUGAUAUAAACAGCGAGGUGCCAAGCUCAGUGCACAAGCACCACUCAGUCUUUCCCGAAACGCGCCAGGCGACGCCCCUCACUUUUGCUGUGUCACAUGGACAUGUGCCUGUGGUGCAGCUGCUGCUGGAUGCCAAAGCCACAGUGGAGGGAUCCCUGCAAGACGGCAUGGAGAACUACACCGAGACGCCGCUGCAGCUGGCUGCUGCUGCAGGUAACUUUGAGCUGGUGAGCCUGCUGCUGCAGCGGGGGGCCGACCCCAUGGUGGGGACCAUGUACCGCAAUGGCAUUUCUACAGCCCCGCAGGGAGACAUGAACUCUUAUAGCCUGGCAGCUGCACACGGCCACAGAAAUGUAUUUCGUAAGCUGCUGUCUCACACCGAAAAGGGAAAAGGAGACGUUUUAUCCCUAGAAGAGAUUCUGGCAGAAGGCUCAGAGCUGGAAGGGAAAAGCUUGUCUGAGACGGACCUGAUCAGAACAGGGAAAGCCAAACUGAAAGCUCUCAAAGAAGCCAUGUAUCACAGUUCCGAACACGGCCAUGUUGACAUCACCAUAGACAUACGAAGCCUUGGGGUGCCAUGGACACUGCACACUUGGAUGGAGUCCCUGCGUACGUGUUUCUACCAGCACCGCCGACCGCUGAUCCAGGGUAUUCUCAAAGAAUUCAGCUGCAUUGAAGAGGAAGAGUACACGGAAGAGCUCAUCACGCACGGCCUGCCCCUUAUGUUCCAGAUCCUCAGAGCCAGCAAGAACGAAGUGAUCAGCCAGCAGCUGUCGGCUAUUUUCACCCAGUGUUACGGGCCCUAUCCCGUCCCCAAACUGGCAGAGAUCAAGCGCAAGCAGUCGUCGCGCCUCGAUCCUCACUUUCUCAACAAUAAGGAGAUGUCAGAUGUGACUUUUUUGGUGGAGGGGAAACCUUUUUACGCCCAUAAAGUCCUGCUCUUCACAGCCUCCAACAGGUUCAAAACUCUUCUGGCAAACAGGCCUUGUGGUGAAAACACCUGCAUUGAAAUAAGCCAUGUGAAAUAUCACAUCUUUCAGCUGGUGAUGCAGUAUCUCUACUUCGGCGGAGCAGACGCAUUGCACAUUAGGAACCCUGAUGUUAUGGAGCUUCUGUCUGCGUCCAAGUUCUUCCAGCUGGAGGCCUUGCAGAGGCAUUGUGAGAUCAUCUGCUCAAAGAACAUCAACACGGAGACGUGCGUGGAGAUCUACAACCACACCAAGUUUCUGGACGCACCCGACUUGGCGUCCUACAUCGAGGGCUACUUCUUGAAGAACAUGGUCUUGCUCAUAGAGGUGGAGCCUUUCAAACAGCUGCUGUACAACGUACCUCCAGAUAGUCCCAGCUGUGACAUCCUGCAGAACCUGGAGAAAACUCUGGCUGUCCGCAUCCAGUCCAUCCACCUGUCGUCCUCCAAGGGAUCCAUCGUCUAAACCCCUGACCCAGGGUGUGGAAGAUCUUUGCAAUAAAAGAACAGUCCAUGUUGGAGGCUGUCGUCUAUAUCAGACAGCUGUAAUCCUCCUCAUGUCAUGGCUAACAUACUGCGUUUCAUACACGUUAUCAAACAUUUAGCAGGCUUUUUAUAAGCAGAUUCUCAACAAGCUGCAAGAGGAGUUGUCGCUGUCUAAUGUUGUGAUUCCUCAUCAUUGACUCUUUAAAGCCAAAUAACACGGCGAGUGGCGUCCAUCGUGUUUUAUGUGGAGUUUCCACACUGCUGUGUAAAUAUUGUUGAUAAAAAAAAAAAAAAUCUAUCAAUGUAUGUCACUUGUAAAUAUCAACAGAUGUUUUUUUUUUUCUCACGUGUCUUACUGUUGCUGUAAACGUUGUCAGUGUUGCAUGUCAAAGGGAAAGCGUGUUGGAGCAUUUUAUUAAGCAGCUGCUUUUGCUUUGUCUAAGAGUGCAAAUUGAUCUGUCAUCGGCAUGGCUCACUAAACGUCUAACACUCUCAA